AUGGUGGAAGAUGCCAAAGAGCCAUUUACUCGAAGUAAAAAAAAAAGGGUGAUGCCUAAGUGUUACCAGCACAUCCUAGCCUUAGCAUUUGCAGUAAAUGAGAUCAACGAAAACUCUCACAUCUUACCCAACUACACCUUGGGCUUCCACAUCUAUGACAGCAAUGAUAAUGCAAGGAAGACCUAUCAUGCCACAAUGCUGCUUUUAUCCACACUGGAGAAAUUUGUCCCCAACUAUAUAUGUGAUAUCCAGAAUAAUCUGACAGCUGUCAUUGGGGGACUUGACACUGAGAUCUCCCUUCAUGUGGCAACCAUCUCACAUAUCUAUAAAAUUCCACAGCUCACAUAUGGGCCUGCUCCAGUGAUGAGUGAUAAAAUCCCAGGAUAUUCCUUCUACCAGAUGGCCCCCCAGGAACACCAACAGUUUGCAGGGAUCCUCUCUUUGCUUCUACAUUUCAAAUGGACAUGGGUUGGGGUUGUUGUGAUGGAUAAUGACAAUGGAGAAAGAUUUGUUCAAACUGUUCUCCCAAUGUUUACAAAAAGUGGUAUCUGCUUUGCUUUUGUAGGAAGAAUCCCAAAAGUUACUUUUGUCAGUAACUCAGAUAAUAUUCUCGAACAAGGGGGGAAAGUGCAUGAUGAAAUAAUGGCUAGUAAAGCUAAUGUUGUGGUGCUCUAUGGAGAAUCUUACUCAAUGGCAUUUUUUAGGUGGAUUCCAUAUCUAAAGGGCAUUACACAAGUGGCUAUGAGUGUAAAAGGAAAAGUAUGGAUAACAACAGCCCAGAUGAUGUUCAUUGCAUAUAGCAUUCAAAGGAAUUUGAAUUUAGAUAUGUUCCAGGGCACUUUAUCUUUUGCAAUUCAUUUGAAUGACGUAGAAGGAUUUCAGCAAUAUGUCAAGAGCCAAAAUCCAUCCAUUACAGAUGGAGAUGGUUUUAUCAGGGACUUCUGGCAACAGGCCUUUGGCUGUGAAUUCCUAGAUUCCAUGGAUAAUAAAAUGGAGGGGGAUAUUUGCACUGGGGAAGAAAAGCUGGAGAGCCUUCCUGGGGACUUAUUUGAAAUGAGCAUGACAGGUCAUAGCUAUAGUAUCUACAAUGCUGUUUAUGCUGUGGCCCAUGCUUUACAUGUGAUGUCUGCAGGUCGGCUUAGACACAGAGGACUGGUGCACAAAAGGAAACAGAAGAAUUGGAGCCAGCAGUUCUGGAAGCUCCACUACUUUCUGAGAAGUGUCUCCUUUAACAACACUGCAGGGGAUGAGGUCUCCUUCAGUGAAAAUGGCGAGGUAGUAUUUGGCUUGGACGUUAUCAACUGGAUUAUUUCAUCCAACCACUCCCUUACUAGAGUGAGGGUUGGAAGGAUGGAUUCACAGGCUCCUCCAGACAAAGCAUUUACCAUUGAUGAAGAUGCCAUAAUGUGGCACAGCUGGUUUAACCAGACUCAGCCUCAUUCUGUAUGUACUGUGAGUUGUCAACCUGGAUCUAGCAAGAAAGUGAAGGAGGGGAAGCCAUUUUGCUGCUACAAUUGCAUCCCAUGUCCAGAGGGGAAGAUUUCAAACAAAGAGGAUAUGAAUGACUGCAAUAAAUGCUCAGAUGAAAACUAUCCUAGUGAGAACCAGGAUGUGUGUAUUCCCAAGGACAUAAACUUCUUGUCUUAUGCAGAACCUUUGGGCAUCAGUUUAGCCUUCCUGGCUCUUUUCUUUGCUUUGAUCACAGCACUGGUAUUGCUAACAUUUCUGAAGAACCACAACACACCCAUUGUCAAAGCCAACAACCGAAUCCUCACCUACAUUCUCCUCAUCAACCUUCUGUUCUGCUUCUUUUGUGCAUUAUUGUUCAUUGGCCAACCUAAGAAUGUGACUUGUCUCCUUCGGCAAACUGCUUUUGGAAUCAUCUUCUCAGUUGCUCUUUCCAGUGUGCUGGCAAAAACCAUCACUGUGGUUCUGGCUUUCAUCACCACCAAACCAGGAUCCAGAAUGAGGAAGUGGGUGGGGAAAAGACUGACCAGUUCCAUUGUUUUUUCAUGCUCCCUUCUUCAAAUAGGCAUAUGUAUUGUGUGGCUGGCAACAUCUCCCCCAUUCCCAGAUGCUGACAUGCACUCGGUGACUGAACUAAUUAUACUAGAAUGUAAUGAGGGGUCUGUGACUAUGUUUUACUGUGUUCUUGGCUACAUGGGCUUCCUGGCAAUUGUGAGUUUCAUUGUGGCUUUUCUUGCCAGAAAGUUACCUGACAGCUUCAAUGAAGCAAAGUUCAUCACUUUCAGCAUGUUGAUCUUUUGCAGUGUUUGGUUAUCUUUUAUUCCAUCCUACCUGAGUGCCAAGGGGAAAUACAUGGUUGCUGUGGAGAUCUUCUCUAUCUUAGCCUCUGGUGCUGGAUUGCUGAGUUGCAUCUUUUCCCCCAAAUGCUAUAUUAUUUUGUUGAGACCUGAGCUAAAUAACAGGAAACAACUAAUAAGAAUUAAAAAAUGA